GUCGUCAACAAUAUUGAGUCCUUCGUCGACAACAGUACUUCUCGUCCGUUGACAGUCUAUGACAUAUGUGGUAGAAGCCCGCACCCGUUGUCCUCGUCUAUGCAAUCUCACUGAUGGGAGCGGCGAUAUGCUUUGGCAUGGGACUUAUCCCAGAACCAAACUUGCACCAGUCAGUCCUGAAAGGCAUCCUGUAUUCCAUCUCACUCGGGAUAGAAAUGCCUACGAAUGCAAUUCAAGAGCGGCGGCGCGAUUUCAGAUCACGCUGCAGUACCUUGAUAACGUGCCCAUACCAGCCAUGUUCAGUAUCGCCUUUGCAAAGUCGUCUCGGGAUCUGCAAAAGUCAGAGAUGGGAAAGGAACAUGUGGCGACAAUCACGUUCUAUGGUGUCACGGAUUCACUAUUGCAAAUAUGGCUAAGCAGAUGGUUCUGGGAGGGAAUGAUGCUCGGAGGAUAUCUAUAUCACUUCUUACAUACCGACACUUCCUGCUCUGAUCAGAGCUCGACAGAUGAAGAAGAAGAUGCGUGUCACUCAAGCUCGUGGAUUGGACAAGGCCAAACGGGCGCGGAAAGGUGCUUGCAAGCUCUAACUCCCUGUUAAUAUCUGCACAGCUAUCCACAGGGACUUUGAACUUUCUUGUCACUGUCCGUAAACUCGUUCCUCCGAAGGUCGAGUUCACUAGUCUUUUUGGAGAAGAAACCACAUACGCAGCUGCGCUCCAAGCUUUGUAACGCAAUAUCUGGCUGCACAUCGCUUGUCAUGGCACGCGGGACCGUGAGCAGCCUUACAAUCCACACUUCGCCAUGAUAGAUAAGCGCUUGACACUGCUCGAUAUCAUGGUGAACAAUAUUCUGCAAGCUGAGUUCGCAUUCUUAUCAGUGUGUCAUACUGAUGUGGGCGACAAGCAGACGCCCGACGGAGUCAUCCACCUCGCAGCUUAUCUGCAGUUUUCUGGGUUCAAAAGUGACAUU